UGUUCAAUACCUGUUACUAUUACUGUUAUUAUUAUUAUUUGUUAUUAAAUGCUAUUUAUUAAUUAUUAAGAUUUGCAUAAAUCUUCGAGGACGUCGGUCAGUCGCGUUCAACGACGACGACAAAGGUUUUCAGGGUAGGUAUACGCCAUGCACAGACGGUGGUGAAGUGUCUAGAUCGGAUGCUGGGACGAUAUUGCCUCUUCCAUAGUUAUUUGUCUGGUGGUUGUACAUCGAUUGAGAUUUAUACAAAAGGUUUUGUUUGAAUCGAAGACUGACCGUCAUGGAUUGGAAGGCGGUCAUAUGCCAACAAUUGGAGAGCAGAAACUCCAGGGAGACAAAUAGUUUUCAAAACCUGAUCAAUUUCUAUAAUAAACUCUAUGACAGUUCUCUUUUAUUGAGAGCGCAAAAUGUUCAACUAGAAUCUCAAAUUAUACGUGGUAAUACUGGUGGUGAUUUUGUGUACUCUGAAAAAAUAUCGGCUUUAGAACAAAAAUUGCUUGUGCAACAAGAAGAAUUGACCGAAUUACAUCGUAGACGUGGGGAAAAUGCUCAAAUGAUUAUAGAUUUAAAUGCAAAAUUACAAUUGACUGAGCAAGCACUUGCUAGCAAAAACAACAGUUUGAUUGAAAAUAUAAAGUUAAAUGCUAGUUUGCGAGCUGAAAUAUCUUUAUAUCAGAAAAAUAACUCUGAGUUAAAACAAUUAAAUCAAGUUCUCAAAGAUGAACACCAAGCACUGCAGUUGGCUUUUACUAAACUUGAAGAAAAAUUACGAGCAUUUCAAGAUGAAAACAGAGAACUCGUGGUCAGGUUAAUGACUUAUAAAUCUAAGGACGCCGAGAAGUUGAAUGAGGAAAACGACCAUCUAGUCAGAAAACGAAAUGCUAUUAUGCAAAAUGAACUUAAAGAAGCAGCUAAUGAUAUGCGUGGUGUAACUGCAGAAUGCUUGACAACUGCUGUAAGCAAUAGUAUUGGCCCAAUUAUGGCAUCUCCAUGUGCUAUGCCUAGCAAAGCUACCAUUCGAUUUGACGCUCAUGAUGGUGUUGUAAGUGCUGUUAAAUGGAGUCCAGUAGAUCGAAUGGUAGCAACUGGAGGAGAAGACCGUAAGGUGAAGCUGUGGGAUGUCUCUAAAGGGGUUGCUGAGUGCAAAGGUAUGUUGAUUGGUAGUAAUGCAGGUGUUAUGUCAGUCGAGUUUGACAGCACAGGUGGUCAAAUAGUAGCAGCAUCUAAUGAUUUGGCAUCGCGUGUUUGGACAGUAAAUGAUCAACGACUUAGACACACACUGACUGGACACUGCGCUAAAGUGAUGGCUGCUAAGUUCAUGGGUGAACCCAACAAAGUGGUGACCGGCAGCCAUGACCGCACGCUGAAGAUAUACGAUCUACGCGUCAGAGCAUGCGUCGAGACCAAGUUCGCUAUGUCUAGUUGCAACGAUCUGGUCACAUCGGAGACUGUUGGCACGACCAUCAUGAGCGGCCAUUUUGACAAGAGGAUACGAUUCUGGGACACAAGGACCGAGAAACCGCAUACGGAGAUCGAGGUCCAAGGACGAGUCACGUCUUUGGACUUGUCCAGAGAUUGCAAUUACCUAUUGAGCUGUGUCCGGGACGACACCCUGCGGCUGGUCGAUCUCAGGACGAACAAAAUAAUCAACACAUUCGAAGCUGACGGAUUUAAAGUGGGUUGCGAUUGGACAAGAGCUGUGUUCAAUUUAGAAUAUGAUCAUGUGGCCGUUGGAUCCUCUGAAGGUUCGGUAUUCAUAUGGGCCGUGUCAAAUCCCGUAAAACCACUUGUAGUAUUGAAGAACGAACACAGUGCACCGGUGACGGCCGUAUCUUGGCAUCAAUUUACCAACAACGUGGCCAGCGUGGAUCGGUCUAGGAGGGCAGUAGUCUGGGCAGACGUUUAAUGCACACUGUGAAUCCGGUGGUUUGUUUUUUCUUAUUACUGUUCACAGUCUACUGCUGCAACGUAACGCGUGUAUUUUCCUUAUUUUAUUUUAUUUUUUAAUAUAUUUACCAUUUAAA